AUGAUGCCAGUCCAGUGUCCUCUAACCUGCAGCCUGGCUAUCCUGGUGCUGCUGGGCACAGCUGGAGCAGGCCCCUUCUCUUCACGGUCCAAUGUGACACUGCCAGCACCACGACCUCCUCCCCAGCCAGGGGGCCAAACAAUGGAGGCAGGAGGGGGAAGCCCCUCCUCUCAGCUUUAUGAGCACACAGUGGAAGGAGGGGAGAAGCAGGUGGUAUUCACCCACCGAAUUAACCUACCCCCUUCCACUGGCUGUGGCUGUCCCCCAGGCACUGAGCCCCCUGUUCCUGCUUCAGAGGUGCAGGCCCUGAGGGUCCGGCUGGAGAUCCUGGAGGAGCUAGUGAAGGGGCUCAAGGAACAGUGCACUGGGGGAUGUUGUCCUACUGCUGCUCAGGCUGGCACAGGUCAGACAGAUGUGCGUAGUCUCUGCAGUCUCCAUGGCGUAUUUGAUUUGAGCCGCUGCGCCUGUUCCUGCGAACCAGGCUGGGGGGGGCCCACCUGCUCGGACCCCACAGACACUGGGAUGCUCCCCUCCUCCCAGCCCCCAGCCUCCGGGUCCUGCCCCGACGACUGCAAUGAUCAGGGUCGCUGUGUCCGCGGUCGCUGCGUGUGCUUCCCGGGCUACACCGGCCCCAGCUGUGGCUGGCCCUCCUGCCCCGGGGACUGCCAGGGCCGCGGACGCUGCGUGCAGGGCGUGUGCGUGUGCCGGGCCGGCUUCUCGGGCGCCGACUGCAGCCAGCGCUCCUGCCCUCGGGGCUGCAGCCAGAGGGGACGCUGCGAAGACGGACGCUGCGUGUGCGACCCCGGCUACACCGGCGAGGACUGUGGCGUGAGGAGCUGCCCUCGAGGUUGCAGUCAGAGGGGGCGCUGCGAGAAUGGUCGCUGCGUGUGCAGUCCCGGCUACACGGGCGAGGACUGCGGAGUAAGGAGCUGCCCCCGGGGCUGCAGCCAGAGGGGGCGCUGCGAGGAAGGGCGCUGCGUCUGUGACCCCGGUUACACUGGCGAGGACUGCGGCGUGCGGAGCUGUCCCCGCGACUGCGGCGAGGGCGGGCGCUGCGUGGACGGCCGCUGCGUGUGCUGGCCGGGGUACGCGGGCGAGGACUGCAGCACGCGGACGUGUCCGCGCGACUGUUGGGGCCGGGGGCGCUGCGAGGACGGCGAAUGCAUCUGCGACGCGGGCUACAGCGGGGACGAUUGCGGCGUUCGCAGCUGCCCCGGCAACUGCAACCAAAGGGGCCGCUGCGAGGACGGCCGCUGCGUGUGCUGGCCCGGGUACACGGGGUCUGACUGCGGCUCGCGCGCCUGCCCACGCGACUGUAGAGGCCGCGGGCGCUGCGAGAACGGCGUGUGUGUGUGCAACGCGGGCUACAGCGGCGAGGACUGUGGCGUGCGCAGCUGCCCCGGGGACUGUCGUGGCCGGGGCCGGUGCGAGAGCGGCCGCUGCGUGUGUUGGCCCGGGUACACAGGCCGAGACUGCGGCACGCUCGCCUGCCCUGGCGACUGUCGCGGGCGCGGGCGGUGCGUGGAAGGCCGCUGUGUGUGCAACCCGGGCUUCACCGGUGAGGACUGCGGGAGCCGUCGGUGUCCCGGAGACUGCCGUGGGCACGGCCGCUGUGAAGAUGGCGUGUGCGUGUGCGACGCGGGCUACUCUGGCCAGGACUGCGGCGCACGCAGCUGCCCCGGGGGCUGCCGAGGCCGUGGCCAGUGCCUAGACGGGCGCUGCGUGUGCGACGACGGCUACUCUGGCGAGGACUGCAGCGUAAGGCGGUGCCCGCGCGACUGUAGCCAGCACGGUGUGUGCCAGGACGGAGCGUGCAUCUGUUGGGAGGGCUACGCGGGCGAGGACUGCAGCAUUCGCACCUGCCUCUCCAACUGCCACGGCCGUGGCCGCUGCGAGGAUGGGCGCUGCGUGUGCGACCCAGGCUACACGGGUCCUGCCUGCGCCACCCGCACCUGCCCGGCUGACUGCCGGGGACGUGGGCGUUGUGUGCAAGGAGUGUGCAGGUGCUAUGCGGGCUACAGCGGUGAGGACUGUGAGCAGGAAGAGCCUCCUGCCAGCGCCUGCCCUGGGGGCUGCGGCCCCCGGGAACUGUGUCGAGCUGGUCAGUGCGUAUGUGUGGAAGGCUUCCAAGGCCCUGACUGUGCCAUCCAGACGUGCCCAGGGGACUGCCGCGGCCGGGGAGAGUGUCGCGAGGGCAGUUGUGUCUGCCAAGACGGCUAUGCUGGGGAUGACUGUGGGGAAGAGAUGCCAGCCAUUGAGGGCAUGAGGAUGCACCUCCUGGAGGAGACAACAGUCCGGACAGAGUGGACCCGGGCUCCUGGUCCUGUGGAUGCCUAUGAAAUUCAGUUCAUUCCCACGACAGAGGGGGCAAGCCCCCCAUUCACAGCACGGGUGCCCAGUUCUGCCUCAGCCUAUGACCAGAGAGGACUGGCCCCCGGCCAGGAGUACCAGGUCACUGUCCGUGCUCUUCGAGGGACCAGUUGGGGCCCGCCUACCUCCAAGACCAUCACCACCAUGAUCGAUGGUCCCCAAGACCUCCGAGUGGUGGCUGUGACACCGACCACACUGGAGCUCAGCUGGCUGCGUCCCCAGGCCGAGGUGGACCGAUUUGUGGUGUCCUACGUCAGUGCUGGCAACCAGAGAGUGCGGCUGGAAGUGCCCCCUGAAGCAGACGGGACACUGCUGACUGACCUAAUGCCAGGCGUGGAAUAUGUGGUGACUGUCACAGCAGAGCGGGGUCGGGCAGUCAGCUACCCGGCUUCUGUCAGGGCCAACACAGGGUCCUCACCCUCGGGCCUCUUGGGGGCUACUGAUGAGCCUCCUCCUUCAGGCCCCUCAACGACCCAAGGGGCUAAGGCCCCUCUCCUGCAGCAGCGCCCACAGGAGCUGGGAGAGUUGAGGGUGCUGGGCAGAGACGAGACAGGGCAUCUCCGCGUGGCCUGGACUGCCCAGCCCGACACCUUUGCCCACUUCCAGCUGCACCUGCGGGUGCCUGAGGGGCCAGGGACACAUGAGGAGCUGCUGCCAGGGGACGUCCGCCAGGCUCUGGUGUCCCCACCCCCUCCUGGAGCCCCUUACGAGCUGUUACUUCGUGGGAUACCCCCUGGGGGCGAGCCCUCUGACCCCAUCAUCUAUCAAGGCAUUAUGGACAGGGAUAAGGAGAAGCCUGGGAAGUCCUCAGGUCCACCAAGCCUGGGCAAGCUGACGGUGACAGACAUGACAUCUGAUUCCCUGCUGCUGCACUGGACGGUCCCUGAGGGCGAGUUUGACUCCUUUGUGAUCCAGUACAAGGACAGGGAUGGGCAGCCUCAAGUGGUGCCUGUGGACGGGCCCCAGCGCUCAGCCCCCAUUACCUCCCUGGACCCUGGCCGCAAGUACAAAUUCAUCCUGUAUGGGCUUGUUGGCAAGAAGAGGCAUGGCCCCCUCAUGACUGAAGCCAAGAUCCUGCCUCGGAGUGACUCAAGCCCAGGGAUUAUACCUCGCCUGGGAAAACUGUGGGUAACAGACCCAACCUCCGACUCACUGCACCUUUCUUGGACUGUCCCUGAGGGCCAGUUUGACACCUUCAUGGUCCAGUACAGGGACAGGGGUGGACGGCCCCACGUGGUACCUGUGGAAGGGCCUGAGCGUUCAGUCACUGUCUCCCCCUUGGACCCUGACCACAAGUACAGAUUCACUCUGUUUGGGAUUGCCAAAAAGAAGCGGUACGGCCCCCUCACAGCCGAUGGCACCACUGCACCUGGCUGGAUCCUCUUGUUUACAUCCCCAGAAAGGAAAAAGGAGGCCUCCCACCCUGAGUCUCUGGAGCAGCUCCUCCUGGGCAAACUGACAGUGACUGGCGUGACCCCAGACUCCCUGCACCUCUCGUGGACGGUGGCCCAGGGCCCCUUGGACUCAUUUGUGGUGCAGUACAAGGAUGCACAGGGGCAGCCCCAGGCAGUGCCUAUUGGGGGGGAUGAGAACGAGGUCACUAUCCCUGGCCUAGAACCCAACCGGAAGUAUCAAAUGGACCUCUACGGGCUUCGUGGCGGGCAGCGUGUGGGGCCUGUGUCUGUGGUGGCUAAGACAGCUCCUCAGGAUGUUGUGGAUGAGACCCCCAGUCCCACAGAACCCAGCACUGAAGCCCCAGAGCCCCCUGAAGAGCCUCUCCUAGGGGAGCUGACAGUGACAGGAUCAUCCCCAGACUCACUCGGCCUCUCCUGGACCGUCCCCCAGGGCCGCUUUGAUUCCUUCAUCAUCCAGUACAAGGACAGGGGCGGGCGGCCUCAGGCAGUACGUGUUGCUGGCAAGGAGAACGAGGUCACCGUGGGGGGCCUGGAGCCCCAGCACAAGUACAAGAUGCACCUGUAUGGUCUCCACAAGGGGCAGCGCGUGGGCCCUGUGUCCACUGUGGGAGUGACAGCUCAGCAGGAAGAAGAGACUCCUCCAGCCACUGAGCCCCCGCUGGAGCCACGCCUGGAAGACCUGACAGUUAUGGAUGUGACCCCCAACUCCGUGGGCCUCUCGUGGAUGGUUCCUUUGGGUGAAUUCGACUCCUUCAUGGUCCAGUACAAGGACAGGGAUGGGCAGCCUCAGGUGGUGCCAGUGGCCGCAGACCAGCGGGAGGUCACAGUCUCUAACCUGGAACCUGCAAGAAAAUAUAAGAUGAACGUCUAUGGGCUACAUGGCAGGAAACGUGUGGGCCCCCUCUCUGUGGUAGCCAUGACUGCUCCCCUCCCACCAGCCCCAGCCACAGAGGCCUCUGAGCUCCCCAUGGAGCCACUCCUGGGGGAGCUGACAGUGACAGACGUGACCCCUGACUCCGUGGGCCUCUCGUGGACAGUCCCUGAGGGUGAAUUCGACUCCUUCGUGGUCCAGUACAAGGACAGGGAUGGACAGCCCCAGGUUGUGCCAGUGGCUUCAAACCAGCGAGAGGUCACCAUCCCUGGCCUGCAGCCCUCCCGCAAGUACAAGUUCCUGCUCUUUGGGAUCCAGGAUGGGAAACGACGCAGCCCAGUCUCUGUGGAGACAAAGACGGCUGCCCGAGGUGACGCCAGCCCAGGGGCUCCACCCCACCUUGGGGAGCUGUGGGUGAUGGACCCCACCCCAGACUCGCUGCGCCUCUCCUGGACAGUCCCCGAGGGCCAGUUUGACUCUUUUCUGGUCCAGUUCAAGGACAAGGAUGGGCCUCAGGUGGUGCCUGUGGGGGGCCAUGAGCGUUCUGUCACCAUCAGCCCCCUGGAUGCCGGCCGCAAGUACAGAUUCCUUCUUUAUGGCCUCCUGGGCAAGAAGCGCCAUGGCCCCCUCACCGCUGACGGCACCACUGAAGCCCGGAGUGGUAUGGACGAUACUGGAACAAAGCGUCCCCCAAAACCCCGUCUGGGGGAGGAGCUGCAGGUGACCAGCGUGACCCCAAACUCCGUGGGCCUCUCCUGGAUAGUCCCUGAGGGUCAAUUUGACUCUUUUGUGGUCCAGUACAAGGACAGGGACGGGCAGCCCCAGGUGGUGCCUAUAGAGGGCAGCCUCAGGGAGGUCAGCGUCCCAGGCCUGGACCCUGCCCACAGAUACAAGCUGCUGCUCUACGGGCUGCAUGGCAACAAGCGUGUGGGUCCCCUCUCCGCCACCGCCAUAACCGCGCACAGGGAAGAAAUUGAAGCCAAGACCACAACCCCCACCCCUUCAGUACCUGAGCCCCGCCUUGGAGAGCUGAUGGUAGAGGAGGCCAUGCCAUACACUCUGCACCUCUCCUGGAUGGUGACUGAGGGAGAAUUUGACUCCUUUGAGGUCCAGUACACAGAUCGAGAUGGGCAACUCCAAGUGGUCAGUAUAGGGGGCGACCAGAAUGACAUCAUCCUCUCUGGUCUGGAGUCUGACCAUAGAUAUCUGGUGACCUUGUUCGGUUUCUAUGACGGGCAGCGUGUGGGUCCUGUCCAGAUAGAGGCCCUAACAGUCCCACAGGAGGAAGAGGAUGAGCCUUCAGAACCUCCCACCACAAUACCUGACCCUCCCAUAAUGCCAAGCCUUGGGGAGCUGACAGUGAUAGAUGCCUCCCCUGACUCCCUGAGUCUGUCCUGGACAGUCCCCGAGGGCCAGUUUGAACACUUCCUGGUCCAGUACAAGAAUGGGGACAGGCAACCCAAGGCGGUGAGGGUGCCAGGGUACGAGGAUGGGGUCACCAUCUCGGGCCUGGAGCCAGACCACAAAUACAAGAUGAACCUGUACGGCUUCCAUGGUGGUCAGCGUGUGGGCCCCGUGUCUGCCAUUGGGGUGACGGAUGCAGAAGAGACACCAAGUCCUGCAGAACCCAGCACAGAGCCCCCAGAAACCCCCGAAGAGCCACUCCUGGGCGAGCUGACAGUGACAGGAUCAUCUCCAGACUCACUCAGCCUCUCCUGGACCGUCCCCCAGGGCCGCUUUGACUCCUUCACUGUCCAGUACAAGGACAGGAAUGGGCGGCCCCAGGUGGUGCGUGUCGGGGGUGAGGAGAAUGAGGUCACUGUGGGGGGCCUGGAGCCCGGGCACAAGUAUAAGAUGCACCUGUACGGCCUCCACAAGGGGCGGCGCGUGGGCCCUGUGUCCACUGUAGGCGUGACAGCCCCCAAAGAAAAGCCCCCUGAUGCCCCUCUUCUGAAGCCACGCCUUGGGGAGCUGACCGUGACAGAUGCCACCCCUGACUCCCUGAGCCUGUCCUGGACGGUCCCUGAGGGCCAGUUUGACCACUUCCUGGUCCAGUACAAGAAUGGGGAUGGGCAGCCCAAGGCGGUGCGGGUUUUGGGGCACGAGGAUGGGGUCACCAUCUCGGGCCUGGAGCCAGACCACAAGUACAAGAUGAACCUGUAUGGCUUCCAUGGUGACCAGCGCAUGGGCCCUGUCUCUGCUGUCGGUUUAACUGCCCCAGGAAAGGAUGAAGAAAUGAGCCCAGUCCCAACAGAACCUCCCACCACGACCACCGAGCUGACCAUCAAACCAACCCUGGGGGAGUUGAUCGUGACAGAUGCUACCCCUGACUCCCUGAGCCUGUCCUGGACAGUCCCUGAGGGUCAGUUUGACCACUUCCUGGUCCAAUACAAGAAUGGGGACAGGCAGCCCAAGGUGGUGAGGGUGCCGGGGCAAGAGGACAGUGUCACCAUCUCGGGCCUGGAGCCAGACCACAAGUACAAGAUGAACCUGUACGGCUUCCAUAAUGGCCAGCGUGUAGGCCCUGUGUCUGCCAUCGGGGUGACAGAUGCAGAGGAAGAGACCCCCAGUCCCUCAGAACCCAGCACGGAGGCCCCAGAGCCCUCUGAGGAGCCACUCCUGGGGGAGCUGAUGGUGACAGGAUCAUCCCCAGACUCGCUGAGCCUCUUCUGGACGGUCCCCCAGGGCCACUUUGACUCCUUUACCAUCCAGUACAAGGACAGGGAUGGGCGGCCCCAGAUGGUGCGUGUCGGGGGUGAGGAGAAUGAGGUCACCGUGGGGGGCCUGGAGCCCGGGCGCAAGUACAAGAUGCACCUGUAUGGCCUCCACCAGGGGCAGCGCAUGGGCCCUGUGUCCACCGUGGGUGUGACAGCUGCACAAGAGGAUGUGGAUGAGACCCCCAGCCCCACAGAGCCCAGCACAGAGUCACCAGAACAUCCUGAGGAACCGCUCCUGGGGGAGCUGACAAUGACAGGAUCCUCCCAAGACUCCCUGAGCCUCUCCUGGACCGUCCCCCAGGGCCACUUUGACUCCUUCACCAUCCAGUACAAGGACAGGGAUGGGAAGCCCCAGGUGGUGCGUGUCAGUGGCAAGGAGAAUGAAGUCACUGUGGGGGGCCUGGAGCCUGGGCACAAGUACAAGAUGCACCUAUAUGGCCUUCAUGAGGGGCAGCGCGUGGGCCCUGUAUCCACUGUGGGUGUGACAGAGGAUGAAGCCAUGACUACCCAAGCAGCACCAACCAUGACACCUGAGCCUCCCAUCAAGCCAACCCUGGGGGAGCUGACUGUGACAGAUUCCAACCCUGAAUCCCUGAGCCUGUCCUGGACAGUCCCUGAGGGCCAAUUUGACCACUUCCUGGUCCAGUACAAGAACGGAGAUGGGCAGCCCAAGGCAGUGCGGGUGCCUGGGCAUGAGGACAGGGUCACCAUCUCAGGCCUGGAGCCAGACCACAAGUACAAGAUGAACCUGUACGGCUUCCAUGGUGGUCAGCGUGUGGGCCCUGUGUCUGCCAUCGGGGUGACGGCUGCAGAGGAAGAGACCCCCAGCCCCACAGAACCCAGCACGGAGGCCCCGGAGCCCCCUGAGGAGCCACUCCUGGGGGAGCUGACGGUGACAGGAUCAUCCCCAGACUCGCUGAGCCUCUCCUGGACCGUCCCCCAGGGCCACUUUGACUCCUUCACCAUCCAGUACAAGGACAGGGACGGGCGGCCCCAGAUAGUUCGUGUCGGGGGCGAGGAGAAUGAGGUCACCGUGGAGGGCCUGGAGCCUGGGCGCAGGUACAAGAUGCAUCUGUAUGGCCUCCACCAGGGGCAGCGCGUGGGUCCUGUGUCCACUGUGGGAGUGACAGAGGAUGAAGCUACGACUACCCAAGCAGCGCCCACCAUGACCCCUGAGCCUCCCAUCAAGCCACGCCUGGGGGAGCUGACUGUGACAGAUGCUACUCCCGACUCCCUGAGCCUGUCCUGGACAGUCCCCGAGGGCCAAUUUGACCACUUCUUGGUCCAGUACAAGAACGGGGAUGGGCAGCUCAAGGCAGUGCGGGUGCCAGGGCACCAGGAUGGUGUCACCGUCUCAGGCCUGGAGCCAGAUCACAAGUACAAGAUGAACCUGUAUGGUUUCCACGGUGGCCAGCGUGUGGGCCCUGUGUCUGCCAUCGGGAUGACAGCUGCAGAGGAAGAGACUCCCAGUCCCACAGAACCCAGCACAGAGGCCCCAGAGACCCCCGAGGAACCGCUCCUGGGGGAGCUGACAGUGACAGGAUCGUCCCCAGACUCGCUGAGCCUCUCCUGGACCAUCGCCCAGGGCCACUUUGAGUCCUUCACCAUCCAGUACAAGGACAGGGACGGGCGGCCUCAGGCAGUGCGUGUCAGGGGCGAGGAGAAUGAGGUCACCGUGGGGGGUCUGGAGCCCGGGCGGAAGUACAAGAUGCACCUGUAUGGCUUCUAUGAGGGGCGGCGCGUGGGUCCUGUGUCCACUGUAGGCAUGACAGGGCCCAAAGAUGAAGCCAUGACCACCCAAGCGGUACUCACCACAACCCCCGAGCCUCCCAUCAAGCCACGCCUAGGGGAGCUGACUGUGCCAGAUGCCACCCCUGACUCCCUGAGCCUGUCCUGGACGGUCCCUGAGGGCCAGUUUGACCACUUUCUGGUUCAGUACAAGAACGGCGAUGGGCAGCCCAAGGCAGUGAGGGUGCCAGGGUACGAGGAUGGUGUCACCAUCUCUGGCCUGGAGCCAGACCACAAGUACAAGAUGAACCUGUACGGCUUCCAUGGUGGUCAGCGUGUGGGCCCUGUGUCUGCCAUCGGGGUGACGGAGGAAGAGACCCCCAGCCCCACAGAACCCAGCACGGAGGCCCCGGAGCCCCCUGAGGAGCCACUCCUGGGGGAGCUGACGGUGACAGGAUCAUCCCCAGACUCGCUGAGCCUCUCCUGGACCGUCCCCCAGGGCCACUUUGACUCCUUCACCAUCCAGUACAAGGACAGGGACGGGCGGCCCCAGAUAGUUCGUGUCGGGGGCGAGGAGAAUGAGGUCACCGUGGAGGGCCUGGAGCCUGGGCGCAGGUACAAGAUGCAUCUGUAUGGCCUCCACCAGGGGCAGCGCGUGGGCCCUGUGUCCACUGUGGGAGUGACAGCCUCCCUGCCCACACAGCCCCCCGUGGAGCCCCGCCUGGGGGAGCUGGUUGUGUCAGCGGUGACCUCGGACACAGUGCAGCUCUUGUGGACGGUGGCCCAGGGUCCCUUUGACUCCUUUCAGAUCCAGUACAGGGAUACACAGGGGCAGCCCCAGGCAGUGCCCAUGAGCAGAGACCAACGAGAGGCCACCAUCUCAGGGCUGGACCCAGCCCGCAAGUACAAGUUCCUGCUCUUUGGACUCCAGAAUGGGAAACGCUAUGGCCCAGUCCCAGUGGAGACCAAGACUGACAUGAAACCCUCUCCCCGCCUGGGGGAGCUGACAGUGACAGAUGUGACCCCUGACUCCAUGGGCCUCUUGUGGACAGUUCCUGAGGGUGAAUUCGACUCCUUUGUGGUCCAGUACAAGGACAGGGAUGGGCAGUCCAAAGUGGUGUCCGUGGCCACAGACCAGCGCAAGGUCACUGUCCUUGGCUUGGAGCCCAAUAGGAAAUACAAGUUCCUGCUCUAUGGUCUGGCAGGCAGGAAGCGACUGGGCCCUAUCUCUGCUGAUGGCACCACAGCUGCCCUGGAGAAGGAGCCACAGUCCCUGCCCCGCCUGGGGGAACUGACAGUGACUGAGGAGACCUCAGACUCCCUGCACCUGUCAUGGACGGUGGACCAGGGCCCCUUUGAUUCCUUCGUGGUCCAGUACAGGGACACAGAUGGGCAGCCCCGGACAGUGCCUGUGGCUGCAGACCAGCGUGAGGUCACCAUAAAGGACCUGGAGCCUGGCAGAAAAUACAAAUUUCUGCUCUAUGGGCUCCUUGGAGGAAAGCGAUUGGGCCCCAUCUCUGUCCUGGGAUUGACAGCCCCAGAAGAGGACAUGCCAACCCCAGAGACGCCCCAGUCCCCUGAAGAGCCCCGCCUAGGGGUGUUGGCAGUGACUGACACGACGCCAGACACCAUGCGCCUCUCGUGGAGUGGGGCCCAGGGCCCCUUUGAGUCCUUCGUGGUCCAGUAUGAGGACACAGAUGGGCAGCCCCAGGCCUUGCUUGUGGAUGGCGACCAGAGCAAGGUUCUCAUCUCAGGACUGGAGCCCAGCACCUCCUAUACCUUCUUCCUCUAUGGCCUCCAUGAAGGGAAGCGCCUGGGGCCCAUCUCAGCUGAGGGCACCACAGGGCCGGCUCCUGCUGGUCAGACCCCAGGGGAGCUAGGGCCCCGCCUGUCACAGUUGUCGGUGACCGACGUGACCACCAGUUCUCUGAGGCUCAACUGGGAGGCUCCACCUGGGGCCUUUGACUCCUUCCUGCUGCGCUUUGGGGUCCCAUCACCAAGCACUCUGGAGCCGCAUCUGCGUCCUCUGAUGCAGCGGGAGCUGAUGGUGCCGGGGACACGGCACUCAGCCAUGCUCCGGGACCUGCGUCCAGGAACCCUGUACAGCAUGACGCUGUAUGGCCUGCGUGGGCCACACCAGGCCGACAGCAUCCAGGGCACCGCCCGCACCCUCAGCCCAGUUCUAGAAAGCCCCCGUGACCUCCAGUUCACUGAAAUUGGAGAGACCUCUGCCACGGUCAACUGGAUGCCCCCACCAUCCAGGGUGGACAGCUUCAAAGUCUCUUACCAGCUGGCAGAUGGAGGGGAGCCACAGAGUGUGAAAGUGGACGGCCGGACCCGGACCCAGAAACUCGAGGGGCUAAUCCCAGGUGCUCGCUAUGAGGUGACUGUGGUCUCCGUUCGAGGCUUUGAGGAAAGCGAGCCUCUCACAGGCUUUCUCACCACAGUUCCUGAUGGCCCCACCCAGCUGCGGGCACUGAACUUGACCGAGGGAUCCACCCUGCUGCACUGGAGGCCCCCGCAGAACCCUGUGGAUAAAUAUGAUGUCCAGGUCACAGCCCCUGGGGUCCCGCCUCUGCAGGCCUCAGCUCCAGGCAGUGCAGUAGACUACCCUCUGCACCACCUCGUACUCCAUACCAACUAUACCGCUACUGUGCGUGGCCUUCGGGGCCCUAACCUCACUUCCCCGGCCAGCAUUACCUUCACCACAGGGUUGGAGGCCCCGCAGGACUUGGAGGCCAAGGAAGUGACCCCCCGCACGGCCUUGCUCACUUGGACAGAGCCCCAGGUCCCACCUACAGGCUACCUGCUCAGCUUCGACACCCCUGGUGGACAGACCCAGGAGAUCCUGCUCCCAGGAGGUGUCACCUCUUACCAGCUCCUCGGCCUCUUUCCCUCCACCCCUUACAAUGCUUGGCUCCAGACCAUGUGGGGUGACAGCCUCACGCCGCCAGUGUCCACCUCCUUCACCACCGGUGGGCUGCGGAUCCCCUUCCCCAGGGACUGCGGGGAGGAGAUGCAGAAUGGGGCCGGAGCCUCCAGAACCACCACCAUCUUCCUCAACGGCAACCGCGAGAGGCCCCUGAACGUGUUUUGUGACAUGGAGACUGAUGGGGGCGGCUGGCUGGUGUUCCAGCGCCGCAUGGACGGACGGACCGACUUCUGGAGGGACUGGGAGGACUAUGCCCUCGGUUUUGGAAACAUCUCCGGGGAGUUCUGGCUGGGCAAUGAGGCCCUGUACAGCCUGACACAGGCCGGCGACUACUCCAUGCGUGUGGACCUGCGGACUGGGGACGAGGCCGUAUUUGCCCAGUAUGACUCCUUCUGGGUGGAUUCGGCGGCUGAGUACUACCGCCUCCACCUGGAGGGCUACCACGGCACUGCAGGGGACUCCAUGAGCUACCACAGUGGCAGUGUCUUUUCCGCCCGGGAUCGAGACCCCAACAACUUGCUCAUUUCCUGCGCCGUCUCCUACCGAGGGGCCUGGUGGUACCGGAACUGCCACUAUGCCAACCUCAAUGGACUCUAUGGGAGCACAGUGGACCACCAGGGAGUGAGCUGGUACCACUGGAAGGGCUUUGAUUUCUCGAUGCCCUUCACGGAAAUGAAGCUGAGACCAAGAAGCUUUCAGUCCCUGGCGGUGGGAGGCUGAGCUGCUGCCCACCUCUCUCGCACCCCAGUAUGACUGCUGAGCACUGAGGGGUCGCCCCAGAGAAGAACCAGGGGCCGUUAUCACCGUUGGCCGCCGGAGGAAGCCUUCUCUGCCAGCGAUCUCACAGCACCAUGUUUACAGGGGGGAGGGGAGGGGUUUACACGGGAGCAAUAAAGGAGAAACUGAGG